CGCGAUGGGACCGGAGGCGGCGCGGGCGGCGGCGGCGGCGGCGGCGCAGACAAAGGCGCGGGCGGCGCGGAGGGCGGCGCGGAGGGCGCGGGCCCGGGAGCCAGGGAGUGAGCGGGGCGCCGGGCUGCGCCGAGUCAGCGCCGCCACGGGGGCCGCACCCGACGCGCGCCCGAACACUGGCGGGCGCCGACCCAGCAGGGGGCCAAGCCAGCCACUCUUGCCACCCCUCUGGCUGCUCCUUGGAGCCCACCCAACCCAGCCUGACCAAUGUCCACAGCCAGGGAGCAGCCAAUCUUCAGUACACGGGCACACGUGUUCCAGAUUGACCCGACAACCAAGAGGAACUGGAUCCCUGCGGGCAAGCAUGCACUUACCGUCUCCUAUUUCUACGAUGCCACCCGCAAUGUCUACCGAAUCAUCAGCAUUGGGGGCGCUAAGGCCAUCAUCAACAGUACCGUUACCCCCAACAUGACCUUUACCAAAACCUCUCAGAAAUUUGGGCAGUGGGCGGACAGUCGUGCCAACACAGUCUACGGCCUUGGCUUUGCCUCUGAACAGCAUCUGACUCAGUUUGCUGAGAAGUUCCAGGAAGUGAAGGAAGCAGCGAGGUUGGCUCGGGAGAAAUCUCAGGAUGGAGGAGAGCUUACCAGCCCUGCCCUGGGGCUUGUCUCCCACCAGGUGCCCCCAAGCCCUCUCGUCAGCGCCAAUGGCCCCGGCGAAGAGAAACUGUUCCGCAGCCAGAGCGCUGACGCCCCGGGCCCCACGGAGCGGGAGCGGCUAAAGAAGAUGCUGUCGGAGGGCUCCGUGGGCGAGGUGCAGUGGGAGGCCGAGUUCUUCGCACUGCAGGACAGCAACAAUAAACUGGCAGGUGCCCUGCGAGAGGCAAACGCCGCUGCAGCACAGUGGAGGCAGCAGCUGGAGGCCCAGCGUGCAGAGGCUGAGCGGCUGCGGCAGCGGGUGGCUGAGCUGGAAGCCCAGGCAGCUGCAGAGACAGCUCCGGUCAUCGAGAAGGAGGUGCCCAGUCAGUCACUGGAGCAGCUGGAAGCCCUAGUGCAAACCAAGGACCAGGAGAUCCAGACGCUGAAGAAUCAGACAGGUGGUCCUCGAGACACCCCGGAUGCUGCAGAGCGGGAGGAGACCCAACAGAAGGUGCAGGACCUGGAGACACGCAACGCAGAGUUGGAGCACCAGCUGCGGGCCACGGAGCGCAGCCUGGAGGAAGCGCGAGCCGAGAGGGAGCGGGCGCGGGCAGAGGUGGGCCGGGCCGCACAGCUGCUGGACGUCAGGCUGUUUGAGCUGAGCGAACUUCGAGAAGGCCUGGCCCGCCUGGCAGAGGCUGCGCCCUGAGCGGGAGGGAGCUGGGCCCUCAGGACCGGUUCUAGGAAUGAUUCCCACCCGGGUGUGGGCUGGGGCCGCAGGCGGCACAGUCGGGCCUGUUGGCCCUGGCAGGGACCAGGGAGCCUGACAGCCUGGGGUGGGCCUGGCCACAGCCAGUCACAGCUUGGGCCUGUUUUUGAGCUUUCCAUUGUGUAGAAUUUCUAGGACCCGCGGGCAUGUGCUGGUGCCCUGAUUACAUUUCUAAGUGUGA